AUGGCACUCACAGGUAGCAAUAAUUAUAACAAUGUUAUCACCAACAAUAUUAUUGAUGUAAACAACAAUCAUACCAAUAGUGACAAAUUCAACAACAACAUCAACAACACCAACAACAACAUCAACAACAACAUCAACAAUAACAACAACAACAACAGUGCCAACACUGUAGAUACCAAUGCUACAACCCACAGCGCAAAUAUCAGUUGCAAUUGGAACAUCAUCAAUAGUGACAACCCUAACAACAACAUCAACAACACCAACAACAACAUCAACAACAACAACAACAGCAUGAACAAUAACAACAACAACAGUGGGCACCAUAAUUUGGAAUAUGUUGGUGUGACGACGACGAAGCUAUUGAAAAGACUCAAGAUGCACGUACAAACUGGCGCUAUAAAGAAUCACAUGGAAGAGAAACACAAACCAAAAUCCUAA